AUGGAUGUAAAGGAUAUUACUACUGUCACUAUUGGCAUCAAUGAGUAUGUCAAUCUUUUUCAGUGGGCUAGAUCAGCUAUUUCAUGCAAAUGGAGAGGCACUCAGGAGGAGCAAGGGUUUCAAAAUAAAUUAUUUCACUUGCAGAGUGUCUUACAACGCCUUAGUGACAGUCUUCCGGAAAUGUAUGACCUCAUUAAUCGAGCGGAGUGGAGAAGCCACAAAGAUGGCGUGGCCGAGCUCCUUCCAAAACUCAAGGAUGUAGUCUAUGAUGUUGAAGACCUUCUUGACGAGCUCAGAUGGUACAACCAUAAGGUGAUAGUGGAGGGAAAUGCAAGCCAAUCAUCUAUUACUGACUUCUUUAACAGCUUCAUCAAUGUCAAUGAUAUCCAUGAAAGGCUAGAUCAUAUUUCCAAUUGCCUGGAUAAAAAGGGGUUAGGUGAACUGACACCACGGUUUGACAGAACAGUCAGGCCAGAGACUAGCUCUUUCGCCAAUGAAACAAAAAUAUUUGGUCGUGGCAUGGAGCUAAAGCAGAUAUUGAGAGUGCUCGGUGUGCCUACACACAAUCAUUCGAAAGACAAGUGGGAAAGUCAUGCUAAUAAAUCAAGAUUACCCAAUCUUCCAAUUUUGUCGAUAGUUGGAAUUGGGGAUGUUGGAAAGACCACUCUGGCCCAACAUAUCUGUAGUCAUCCACAAGUGAAAUCUCACUAUGACACAGUAAUUUGGAUUUGCGUCUCAGAUGAUUUCGAUGAGAAGAGGCUAACUAAAGAGGCUAUAGAAUCAUGUCCUGGUAAAGAGGCAACAACUAACAAUCUGAAUUCUCUUCAGCAUGCUCUUUCUAAAAUAUUGGAAAACAGAAAGUUCUUGAUUGUCCUCGAUGAUUUGUGGGAUGAUGCUCUGAAAGAAAAUGGCCUGUGCUGGAAGAGGUUUUGUGCACCUUUGAUAAAUGUGCUACAAGGAAGUAUGAUGUUAGUCACCACCAGAUCUCCAAAAGUUGCUGAUUUUGUAAGCACUAUGGAGCCAAUUAUAUUAGAGGGUUUAAAAGAUGAUGAAUUUUGGAAUUUCUUCAAACUAUGUGUCUUUGGAUCUGAGAGUUCCAAUGAUUUUCCAGAGUUGGAGCUCGUUGGUAGAAAGAUACUUCCUAAGUUGAAGGGCUCUCCUUUAGCGGCUAGAACUCUUGGACGCAUGUUACGGGAUGACCUUCGUACAUCACAUUGGACUAAUAUACUAAACAGUGAAUUGUGGGCGUUGGACCAAGAGACAACUGAAAUUGUGCCAGCUCUUCGGUUGAGCUACAUUUAUUUACCAUUCCACUUGAAAAGAUGCUUUUCAUUCUGUGCUGUGUAUCCCAAAGACAAGAAGUUUGAAAAGGACAGCCUGGCGGAAAUUUGGGCGGCACAAGGCUUUGUGAAAUGUCAAGGUGCUGUUCCACUUCAAGAUAUUGGCCGUCAAUGCUUUAAUGACCUUUUAAAUAGUCAGGAAAACGAGAUAGAAGUCCUUGCAGAUCUACAACCUCCUGCUAGUAUCAAGUCUCUAGUCCUUGACAAUUGCCCAGCUGUUUCUUCUCCGAGCUGGUUUCAGCCACAAAGCCUGCCAAGCUUAAUAUCAGUUUCAUUUCUUCGUUGUUUCUCGUCCCUGACAGAUCUAAUCAUUGAUGGGUGCUACCGUUUAUCAAGUCUCGAACAGCUUCUCCAUCCAACAUAUCUACCAGCUAUCAAGAAAAUUGCAAUAAUGAGUUGCUGGAACUUAAUAUCAGUGGGGACCGAAAGAUUUGGGGAUUUUCAUUGUCUUGAAAUAUUUAAGCUGGUGGAUUGUGGAAAAUUAAACUCCGAGAGUUUGACUGCACCCUCUCUGAUGAAGCUCGUGCUACAUGGUCGCUGUGAGAAUCUCAUGAACAGUAUCCAAUGCUGCUCUCUCACCAACUUUUUCCUGUCAUCCUGCCCUCUCACGUCCAUCCAACUGAAAAUGUGGAACCUUCCAGCUCUACAGGAGUUGCACAUUUCAGAUUGUCGAUCUCUUGCAUCCAUUGGACAGUCUGGACAUGUCUUCACCAACCUCAUUUACCUAACCAUCAGCAACUGUGAAGGACUAUCCCUUACAUCUAUUGGACAAAGUGAACAGGUCUUCAGAAACCUUAUUUCUCUAACCAUGAAGAACUGCACAGAACUGUCCACCAUUGAUGGUAUGCUAGAAAAAGAAUAUCUACCUGCCAUUAAGAGUAUUACAUUUGACUGCUGUCCCAAAUUGUUCAUAUACGGUAAAAGGUUUGGGGAUUUUUCUUCUCUGAAGGAUUUGAAAGUUUCUAGAUGCCAUGGAAUCAACUGGGGGGGACUGGUGUUACCAUCUUCCCUCCAAAUUCUCCAUUUGGAGUCAUGUGGAGAUAUCUCUUCAUUUAUUCCCAGCGGCUUAGAAAACCUUCAAUCCCUAGUUUCACUAAAUUUAUUGUGGUGUGAAAAUAUAAGAUCCAUUCCAGGGCACCUUUGGAGCAGUACUCUCUCAUCACUCCAGGAAUUACAGAUUCUGUAUUGUUGGGGCCUUGUGUCCAUUGGUGGAGCAGACGACAUUUCAGAAAUACAAAAUGUGUUGAUUGAGGGCUGUUUUCGUUUGAACAUGAAAAGAGGCAGCUUCUUGAUAUCCAAGCAGAAGCACGAGCAGCCUGUGAAAUCAAGCAAUAAUUCUGCACCUACACCUACAGCAAUAGUUUCAACUAAUUUGGAGGACUAA